AUGGCCGCCGGGGCGCUUGGCACCGUGGCUCGUGCUCUGCACCCGCGGAGCUGGCUUCCUGGGAUCUGGCAAACUCAGAUUAGAAGCACUCACCAGCGAGGUUCUCUACUGUCCUUCUGGGAACUCGUUCCAAUGAGAGCAGAACCUCUUCGAAAGAAGAAGAAGGUUGAUCCUAGGAGAGACCAAGCAGCAAAAGACCGUUUGAAGAAGAAGAUCCGACGACUCGAGAAGGCUAGCCAAGAACUCAUUCCCAUUGAAGAUUUUAUUACACCCGUGAAGUUUUUAGACAAAGCAAGAGAGCGGCCUCAGGUGGAGCUCUCCUUUGAGGAGUCGGAGAGGAGAGCUCUGCUUCUGAAGAAGUGGUCUCUGUACAAGCAGCAGGAGCAUCACAUGCAAACUGCAGCAACGCUCUCCGUAGCCAUGGGGAAGAUGAGAGACUACGCUCGGUCACAGCCCCAGGAUGUGUGGAACCGGAGCGUACCAUCCUGA